AAAUCUUACAUAGGAAUAUUAGAAUAUAAUUCAAAUUGUUACAAGUAUGACUUCAAAAGUUUUGUGCAAAAGUUUUAUGUGGGCAAGAAUGCGAGAGGAAGCGCAGUAUUGUGUAAGCGAGAAUGCGAGAGGAAGCAAGCCUCAAUGCGGAGCAAGAGCCGAUUCUCAACGGAUACUACUACACCUGAAUUCUUUCUCAAAAUCAUCUGGCCGCCGUGCUGGAAGAGAACAUGGAUCAACCAAGGGAAGGUCCAAGUUGACUUUCAAUUGAUCACCUCAUCAAACAACAUUGGCAACAACUUCACGAUGGUGGUGAGCAAGUACGAGAACCAGAAGAUGAGGCUAUUAGAUGGUGAAGCAGCCGUCGAGGAGUAUCAUCUUGGCGCGGUCACUAUCGGGGAUUGGAGGUAAUAAACUCACAAACAUGCCGAGGCAAGCGCCAUGAUGUCGACCUCAGAGGAGAUCUGGGCAACACGAAAUUUGGGACCUUCGAAGUCUUGGCAAAACGACGGUGGAGGCUUGACGAUCAAAUAAAGAUUUCGGCGCUAC